AUGACAGACACGCAGAGAGAGGAAUGGAAAAGUAGCUACUUGACCUUCUGCGCAGAGAAAAGCGUUGCCAAGCCCAGCGCAGCGACUGCCGAAGCACCUCCUUCAGUUGAACCUUUGACAGCCACCCCACCAAAGGCCCAGCCUGCAGUUGAGCUGCCCAGCCCCCAGACUGGUGAGAAGCGUGCGCUCCAGCCUGCACAGAAACCGGAGGCAAGACCAAGAUUUGAGGAUCGCACACCCACACUUCAUGCUUUCGAGAAAAGGUGGGCUUUCUUGAAGAAAGAACUGAAGAAAGCAGGGCCUAACUCCGGGUUCUUCCUGCAAAGAGCUGCAGAUUUCUAUUUGCUCUACCUGGACGUGGUUCAUUUGCUUGAGCAGGGCGAGUGGGAUGGUAAGGUGACUAAAGCUGCAAAUGCCUUGCAAGCUUUCCAUGUCAAUAAAGUCAAGAUCGGCCGUGUGAGGAAACACCUGGCGGAAGCCAAGCAAGCUGGCGAGCAGAAUGUUGUGCCCAGGUGUUUUGCAGCAGGUCGCUAUGGCACUGGCAUGCUCACAGUUUCCCAGAAGCAGGAUCUGGUGACACACGUCACCCGCUGUGCGCAGAGCAACAAACCCCUGUCGGUUGCAGAUAUCAAGAAGUCGAUGUUCCGCUACUGGCUGUGCAACUGCAACCUGGUUGAGCCCAACAUGCCUGUGCCUUGGGGUGAUUACGAUGCCCAUGAGCGCUCCAUGGAUUACAUUUACAGGCAUUGGCGUGAGUGGGUUGACGACACCUACCCAGAUGAUUUCCAAAUCCGGCGGCGAUGUCUCAACGCUCGUCCUGCCGAGCAGGCGGCGAUGCUGACGCCGCAGGCUUGCCACCAGUUUCUCGACCUGUUGGAGGAGACGCUGGAUGAGUGCGGCUGGCGCCAAAAUGGUGCUUUGACAGAUGAAGCUGGAGUUGCCAUCUGGAACACAGAUGAGAAGGGCUUCGAAGCCCGAGAUUCUGGAAAGCUAAAAGGCCAGAAAGUCUUGGUACCAAAGUGCAUUGGUACGUCAGCAAGCGCUUCUGUCCAAGAAGGUUCUUUCGGCCAUAUCACCAUCCUUCCGUACAUGUCCUUGCGCGGAGACAUUUCACCACCAUCUGUGGUGGUGCAGGGCACCACCUUUUCAGAAGCCUGGGCUAAGAUUUGGCCGGAAGCUGCUGUGCGGGCCACGGCCAGAGGUUCGAUGACUGCAGAACUCUUUGUGGAGUUCACUUUGCGGUGGGAGCGCUAUGUAAGACAGGACUUGAAGGUAAGCCGUGACAAGGAGCUCAUUUUGCUUUUGGACAGCGGCGGUGGCUCACUUCUUCACCUCUCCCCUGACUUUACGCUGGCGUGCUUCUCAAAGAAGAUCCGUCCUCUGUUCUUCCCGCCAUACAGUACGUCGGCUCUCUGUCCUGCUGACCAGGCUCCCAACGCGCAAGCAGAAUUGCUUUGGGAUAAAAAGCGACGUGAUUCAAACCUCUCCCAUCUGGCGGCCCUCGACGUUGUCCAUGAAGUCUUCGACCAUGCCUACUGCUCAAAGUACAUUCGCUCAGGUUUCAAGACGUGCGGCUUGAUUACUGGACAACCAUUGGCCCGUGAGCAGAUCUUCGGGGAGAGAGGUGUUUCCUUGUUUCGCACCAUUGUUUCUGCGAAAGAGGUUGUCUUGCAGGCGCCUGAAAGCGAAGCUGUCCUACAGGCACCUAAGGGGUACCAGAGAGCUGAAGCGAAGGUGAAGUGUGAAGCUUGCGGGAAGAGAACACCUUCCAGCCUUCCAAAAUGUGGCUAUUGCGGGGGCGACAAUGCGGGAUACAACGCAGUACAAGAUUGCGUUUCCCAGGGCCUCAAGCACCAGGGCUACACAAAGAAAGUUCCUGCUGUAGUUGACACUGCAGCCGAGCUCUCCUGCAUAGAGCCGGCCGCAAAAGCGAACUUGGUGCGAUGGUCUGGAGAUCUCCUUGCAGAGAUGCGCAAGCGCAAGAACUCUGAAGAGGCUCAGGGACAACCCGCCACCAAGAAAGUGGCAGCAGAGUGUGCAUCUUCAGCUAGCGCGCUUCCGAAGGAUGUGCCGGCAUCGGAUGGGCCAGUCCAAGUGGAGCUUGAUUUGGAGGACCCAGCAGAUGCAGAGAAGUUUUUUGCUCAGCAAGUUCAAGCCGGAGAAGCGUGA